AUGGAAGAACAAGAUUCCGACAAUGACGCAGAUGACAGUAAACCAGACAAUACUGAUGGUAACAUUGUUGAUAACGAUAUAGCGACUAACAGAACAGUAACCUUAUCAGAUGAAGAAACACUAACUUCGCCAUCAACAGAAAAUCGUAUUGAGAUAAGUUGUAUGUUAACAGAAGAAGAUAAUAAUGGAGCAGAAAGUUUAUCUUGCGAUAAUAUAGAUGACACAGCGUCUAAUGAAAACCGUCCAGGAAAAACUCGAGAUAUAUUUUGUGAUCCUUGUGAAAAUGAUGGCCAUAAUCUUAUAGCUGCAGGGUAUUGUGUUGAUUGUGACGAAUUUUUAUGUGAGAUUUGUAACAAAGCGCAUUGCCGACCUUCUAUUACCAGACAUCACGUAUUGCUUGACACUGAUAAAAUGUCUACACUGAAAAAGUGCGAGACGGGCUACAAUACUGAAACAUGCAAGGAGCAUUUUGGACAAGGAAUUCAACACUUUUGCAAAACACAUGAAAAACUCUGUUGUUCUUCUUGCAUGGAAAAUACACAUGCAGACUGCAAGAGUACGGAAAGUCUUGCAACUAUGUUAAAUGAAUAUUCUGGCGAUAAUGAAGUCUUUGCAGCCAUUGAAAGUUUUAAAUCAAUAACCUUCGAUGCAAAACGCACGAAAACUCAAAUAAGAGCGAAUCGUCAUGCAGUCGACAUGUAUGAAGACAAAACUCUGUCGGAUAUUUCAGAAAGUAGGUCUGAAAUAGAAAUAUUCUUUGACCGACUUAAAAAUACGAUAAAAGAUACAGUACAUAAAGACACAACAAAUUUAACAGCGUUAGAAAGGAAGGUUGAUACCAUGCUGUUUGAUCUAGAGACACCAGAAGCUCAUAUCAAAUAUCUGAAAACAAAACCAAAAGAUGUAUAUCACCUUUUUGUUUCCGUGUAA